CAUGCAACCGAAAAGCCGACGUAAUUCGUUGGCAAUUCUUGUUACUAUGAUCAAGAAGAAAGCUGUGGGGGGAGGUGCUUAUGGCCGCCCCCAAUCAUCUGGAGCAACGUCGUCCCUGCAAGAAAAGCUCCGGCAAUCCGAGGUCAACUGUAAUACCCAACGUUAGAACUGAUGAGUUGAGAUCUAGGAAGCGUUAGCCACGGCUCAAAAGACGAUCGCUGAGCAACAAGCUCGGGAAAAAGACCUCAAGAAACUCUUGGAGGUCCACAGUUGUAUGGAGCCCAGCGGUGGAGAUGUCAACGGGGGUGGCCAUGGCGGUGCGAUGAAUUCGCUCAUGGAAGCCAAAACCCAAGCACUUAACCACAUCCACGGCCAAAAAGUGCGCACGUUGAUGAAAUCGAUCCACCAACUGCAGGACCAAGUGGCGACGAUGAAAGCGCAAGACAAGGAACACCGUCGGUCGGCGCUGAUUCAGAACCUGCGCAAGCAGCAGCGCGACCAGGAGCUGGUGCUGGACGUGCUGAAAGACACACUCAAGACCAAAGUCGGCGACUUCCACGACAGCUUGGACGCUGUGAACGAGUUCAUUCUCAAGAAAACGCUGGGCGGUCCAAAACGGUUUCGACCUAAGACCCGCGAAGAGCUGGAGCUCGAGUUUGUCGACCUCGACCAAAAGUACAAGCGGGCGAUGGCGAGUUUGAAGCGCGUCAAGUCGGAGACUCAACAACCUCCACAGGAAGCGCCACGUCAUAUCUCACAAUCCCACGACGUUCCAGAUGUCGGAGCAAUGCAGCGUGAACUCGAGGCCUUGCGGGUACUCGUGGCCGCAAAGGACAACAACUUGCAAACUCAAGCGACAGAUAUUCAAGCCCUCAAGACACGCAUGGAGGACCUGCUGUUAGUACACGACAAGUGGGAACGCACCAAAGCCAAAUACGUGGCCAGUAAAGCAGCGAUCGCGAAGCUCCAAGAUGACGCCAUUCGGUUGAUUCAGGCCAAAGAGCUUGAAGUCGCGCGGCGGGAGCAGGUGGACGUGGAACUAGCGUGGCUGAAAGACGUACAACAUGCCGAAAAGGGGGACAGCGCUACACUCCAGCAACAAGUCGAGACGUUCAAGGCACAACAUGCUGCCUUGCAAUUACAUAUCGACGAACAGCAGCAAAAGUGGACGGACGAUCGACUAGCCAUCAUGGCCCAACUGCGAACGCAAGAAAGCCACGUGGCGUCCAUUGAAGCUCAGAGCAGCUUGUUUGCAAGUCAAGUUGUCAGCUUGACUGCGGAGCGAGAUGGAUUGCAAACCAAAUUAAACGAAUCGUUGGCUGCCACAGCCACACUGCAGCAGAUGCUUGCCACGCAUGCCGACGACGCCGAAGUGAGCAACGACGCAGCAGCGCUCACUGCAGCCGCCACUAAAGAAACCGAGUUGCUGGCGUUGGUCGAGGCCAAACACCAGCAAUUAAAGGCGUAUGAAAAACAAAUCCUGGCGUCCAAGCUCCUCGCGCGGCUGCACAAGAAGGAGAAGGAGCAACUCUUGCUACAACUUGACAAACUGCGCACGUUGGUGUCGACGUCGGCGCCGCCUACGGAUGCCUCGCGGGUCAUCGCUCAAGCCCAACUCAAGCUGUCCGUAGACGUUGCUGCGCCAACCAUGGCAGUCGAACGGCACACGGAAGUAGCUCUAGCAACUCCACCUGCCGUCGAACCAGUAGAACAUCCCGUAGAGUCGCCUGGCAAAGAUCCCGCGGCCAUGCCAGAUCAAGUUACGCCGUCGUUAGAGACGACCCCGAACGCUGAAAUUGAGUCGCAGCAAGAACAAAGAGCUCCACAAAAGUCAGUCGACUUUGUCAAUGGUGUGGUGGCAUCGGCGCUGCUUGGGAUAUCCAAAGACUCGCCAAAACUGAGCGUUGAGCACCAACAAAAUGAAGCCAUGCGACCAAUCGAGUCGCCUUCGGCAGUUGCGGCAGAAGUGGCGGACGCGCUGGCAGAGGAGUAUCGUUUUUUUUAGCUAGCAUCAUUCUAUUAAUUUCACACUACGAAAUGUCGCUUGAAUCAAAAGCCGGAUAAUGGACCUCUG